GUGACUGUAACCAUUCAAUUCACGACGACGGAGGAAGUGAAUGCAUCAGCUAGCACUUUGCUCUGAAUAACAGCUAAGUUACAUACCUUUACACGCAGUGAAUAAGAGAUCGUUUCUGUAAGUAUUGCCAUAUGGAUUCUCCUCGGCAAUCGAAGAACCGGAAUCGAGAGCCAAAGCGCAGCCAGAAUCAGUCGAGCACUCCUCCUCAGAAAGACGCAUAUGCCAGACUUCUCAGCCAGCACUGCAGCAGCAAGUUCAGUCUGUAUCUAGAUCAAUAUGCAAAGGACACAGCAUUUCAAAGGGAAGGAAAUGGGCCAAGCACACUGCUCAAAGCCCAGAGUGACAGGCAGAACAUACCACAGCGAAAAAGGGACCAAGUGCCGAAUGAUUUCUCUGAUUCAAGUGACUUCUCACCCUCUUCCAUGAAAAGUAAAGGAGAGGAGAGCUCCCUGUCUUUAUACAUGGAGAAACUAAGCACCCGCAGUGCUCAGCAGGACUGUGAAAGGAAGCAGGGUGUGUCUGACAGACAGCGAUGGGGACAGAGAAGGGACACUGCCACCAGCCACGAUGGAGACGUUGAGUCUGGUGAGGAGCUCAGCACUUUAAAACCCAAUGACUCGAAGAAACACCAGAAGCAGCAGAAGAAAAGCAAGGACUCUAACAGAGAGGUCGACUCAAAAGAGAUUGACAAAUUUGUUGGACAGCCCCAGUCCCCAAAGAAAGCCAGUACAAGUGGACAGGAGCAGGAGAAGAUGAAAAAGUCAAAGAAAAAAAACCUGCCAAAGCACCCGGAAGAGGAGAAAAGCAGAGAAGGGACAUCAAAGUCUGGGUUUGACACUCAGACGUCCCCUUAUGGUAAAGACAAAACACUGCAGCAAUCCCGAGCUUCAAGUGCCAAUUCUCCUGCUGACAAGAGUAAGAACAAAGGAGGCAGAGGAUCAAAGAAACAAGUGUUUGAAUCCUACAUGGCAUUUGAGGAGGUUUCCCAUGGCCUUAAAAGAGGAGAACUCAUUCAGGGACAGAUAAGAAUCAACCCAAAGAAAUACCACGAAGCUUUCGUCCCAUCUCCUGAUGACACACGGGAUAUAUUUCUGGAUGGGAUUGUGGCUCGUAACAGAGCAUUGAAUGGAGACAUAGUGGUGGUGCAAAUUCUCCCUCGGGAGCAGUGGAAGGUUGUGAAGUCAGAUACUGACUGUGAUGGCACCAGUGAGUCAGAGAGCCUGAAAGAAAACAUUGUGCAGAAAAAGACAGCACGCACCCCCAGGCCUGAUGUUACUGUGGAAGACCAGUGUAGCGACCAGGAUGAACUCAUCCGCAAAGUGCAGAAUACCACCCUCACUGACACAGUGGAACCUCUGGAAGACCCCUCAACACCACGGCCCAAUGGGGAAAUACUCCAAAAGACUGCUAAAGUGGUGUACAUUGUUGAAAAGAAACACUCGAGAGCUGUGACGGGCUUCCUGAAAUUCCUACCAGAUAAACCUUUUGCCAUGUUCUCCCCCGUGGACCACCGGGUGCCACGAAUUAACGUGUUCCUUGCUGACUGUCCCGAAGACUUUAGUUCCCGCCCGGGGGACUACAGCAACACCUUGUUCAUAUGUCGGAUCACCAGCUGGGCAGCCGACAGCAACUUUGCAGAAGGUCAACUUGCUAAGACACUGGGUCAGGCUGGAGAAAUUGAGCCAGAGACGGAGGGCAUCCUGGUAGAGUACGAUGUUGAUUUUUCAGAGUUCUCCGAUGAGGUAUUAGACUGCCUUCCCAAGAACUUGCCCUGGACCAUCCCACCUGAGGAGAUGAGAAAAAGGAGAGACCUGAGGAAGGAGUGUAUCUUCACCAUUGACCCCUCUACCGCCAGAGACCUGGACGACGCUCUGUCCUGUAAACAACUCCCUGAUGGUAACUUUGAGGUGGGAGUCCACAUUGCUGAUGUGAGUUAUUUUGUGGGGGAGGACAAUGCUCUGGAUGCCAUUGCCAGCCAGAGAGCAACUAGUGUGUAUAUGGUUCAAAAGGUGAUCCCCAUGUUGCCCAGGCUGCUGUGUGAGGAGCUGUGCAGUCUGAAUCCUCUCACCGACAGACUCACUUUCUCUGUCAUUUGGAAAAUCACACCGGAGGGGAAGAUCCUGAGUGAGUGGUUUGGCCGCACAGUCAUCCGCUCCUGCGUGAAGCUGAGUUACGACCAUGCUCAGAGCAUGAUCGAGGCCCCUGAAAAGAUGUUCUCUGCUGAGGAGCUGCCACCUGCGGACCCUGAGCACCCCAUCGAUGAGAUCCAUCAGGCUGUGCUCAACCUGCACUCCGUUGCCAAGAACCUCCGGGCUCAGCGCUUCUCCGGCGGAGCCCUCCGACUCGACCAGUUAAAACUGUCUUUUACCCUGGACAAAGAGACCAUGAUGCCUCAAGGCUGCUACGUUUACCAGUACAGAGACAGUAAUAAGUUGGUGGAGGAGUUCAUGUUGCUGGCUAACAUUGCCACAGCCCACCACAUCCACUCCAGAUUCCCUGAGCUGGCCCUGCUCAGACGCCACCCUCCACCGAAGGCCAAAAUGGUGGAUGAGCUGCAGGAGCUCUGUGACCAGUUGGGAAUCGACAUAGAUCUCUCCUCUGCAGGAGCGUUGCAUAAGAGUCUCAAUACUACUCUUGGUGAUGAUGAGUAUACCACUGCCAGAAAAGAAGUCCUCACCCACAUGUGCUCCAGACCCAUGCAGAUGGCGUUGUACUUCUGUACAGGUGUACUCAAGGAGGAGCAGUUAUUUAAGCACUACGCCCUCAAUGUUCCUCUCUACACUCACUUCACAUCUCCCAUCCGACGCUACGCUGACAUCAUUGUCCACAGGCUGCUGGCUUCCUCACUGAAUUGUGGGCCUAAUUUGGGGCUGUCUACAGAAGAAGUCCAAAAACAGGCAUCACACUGUAAUGACAAGAAGACUCUAUCCAAGAGAGUCCAGGAGCUCAGCUCUGAGCUCUUCUUUGGAGUGUUUGUAAAGGACUGUGGCCCGCUGGACUCUGAGGCCAUGGUGAUGGGGGUGCUGGAUCAGUCCUUUGACGUGCUGGUUCUCCGAUACGGAGUACAGAAACGCAUCUACUGCAAGAUAAUCAUUUCUUGUUUUCACUUACAGGUUAUUUCAAUCUUCACGUUAGUGGAGGUGCUGCUGAAAGCGGACGGUGCACCCAUGAAAUACAGCGCGGUGCUCAAGAGGCCUGAGGAGAACGAAUCAUAAACACUUAAAACUGAAUUGCACAUAUGCUUUUGUUGUUUGGUGGUAGUAGUAGUAGUUUAGAAGCAGAAUUUCUGUGGUAAGCAGGAAAAUCACUGAUCAGGUCAGAGUCAGAUUUCAAUGGAAAUUCCCACUACAAGUUUCAGUCUUAACCAAAAGGCCCAUCCCAGUGUGUUUUAUAUGUUCGCCCACUUACUGCAAUUAACCCACAUGCACGUACAUGACGGCUGCCCUUUUCCAAGGUAUAUUAUGUGUUGGGAAAGGAACUUUGCUUCCAGCUUUUCUUUGGUUUCCUUUUAAUUUACGUAAUACAUGCAAGGGAAGUCCACAUCUAUAGACAUGCAACAAGGACCCAUCCCAGGUAGAAGGCACAAAAGGCAAGUUCACGGUUUUAGGAUAAUUUUUUAGGUCUUUAAUUACCUUUUUAUUAUAGAGCAGCUGGAGAAUGACUGGGUUGGAUUCGAACCCCUGCCGCGGCCAAAGACUACACGGAGUCCACGCUUUAACGAGUGAGUUAGUGGUCGCCCUCAGAAAUAGUGGGGAGGGAGGCAAUAUUAGUCGAAGGAAGAAAGAAAGAAGCAGAGAAAAAUAAUUAAACAACAAAUAGAUCUUUGUGGGCAUCUCUGGUUGGGCCAAACGACAGAGGAUAGCGAGACGCAAGGGCGGAUCCAGGGUUGGAGAUUUUGGGAUAGCUGGGUCAAUUUUUUAUCAUUCCCCUCCAAAUUUGCUAUACUAAUAAUACUAGUCUAGCUCCAAAAUGUAAAGGGUUCUUCCUUGACUCAUGCUACACGGGCCAGUAGUUUUUCCCUGAAAGUACUAACAGAAACUAAACCAAAAACAUAACCUCUCUGGAAGAGAGAUGACCAUCUUGAAAGUAUAAAAUCUUUUUUUGACAAAAAAACCCAACCCAUAAAUACAUACAUGGUAUGCUUUGGAAAAUGGUUGACCGUGUGACGUUGGACAUAUGAUUCAUAGUGAGUGGUUAAAAACUUGAAACAUUUUGUAUUUUAAGCCUUAAUGAUCUCACUAAUGGGCACAUUAUUGUAUGUAAUUCAGUGGAUGGAUUUCAAAUUGAACUGUGAAUCAGGUCUGACCGUGAAAGAACCAAGGCAGCAAUUAGUUUUAUUUUGCUGUUGAUUAAUUGACCUUUAUGAGGACCGUUUUCAUGUUACAUAACUGUUGUACACAGUCUAAUGUUUGAAAGCUGAUUUUCAGUUUAAUAUUAAUGCCUGAUUCAAGAUUGAGGAGAGAGACUUUAUUUUUGAGUUUUUAAAGCAAUAGAAUUCAAUACACUACUGAAUUUUACUUAUUUGGUUGUCUUUGACUGGCUAUGGUUGCUGUAAUUUAACUUGUUGUGGCUAGAGUGAAGCUAUUUGGACCAAACUGUAAAAUUCAGCAAAGUAAAACCUUUGACUACAGCAGAUUGAAUGAACGGUUAUAUUCACGUCUGCAUAGAAACAAAAGCUAAACAAAAGAAAAUCCACAACCACAUGCCAUCCUGGACUUUUUACAUUGCCGAAUGUAUUUAUAGUGUUUUAUAUUUGGAAGAUUUUCCAGAUUUUUCUGGGGUGUGAAUGAAAGGGCUGAAGGGCCUCCUCAGGUCCUUUAUGUCACAGUCAUGAAGUAAAGCUCGUAGAACCUUUAAUUUGAUUUAUAUUCUUAAAAGCAGGGUCUCAGGAUCUAACAUAUUGUUUUAGUCUAAACUGAGGCACAUUUUCUGUAUUUUGUGUGCAAGACAGGCCCAAGUGUAAUUAUUUCUCAAAUCAUUGUUUUUAAUACAAAACAUUGGAAUGACUUGAAUGAGAAUUGCUGCUGAAGUUAUUGGUGGCCUUGAGUUCUUAAUGGAUUUUAUGUUAGCUAUUGUGCUUUAAGUGCUUCCAACUGUUGUAGGGUCUUUUUGUGCUCAGACUUGAUUUGUGACACAUUUAAAAGGACCUCUUUAAUAUCGACUGAAUAUCAGCCUUAAUUUAAUCAAGCAAAGAUUAAAUAAAAUGUUAGUGAAGCUGCACAUUUUAAGUGUUUGUGGGCCUCCCUUUUGCUUCAAUUGAGUCAAUGUGCCUCUCUUUAGUUCUCAGUGCCAUGAAGUGUCAUACAAAUGAGCUGCUACGUCUGCACAGUGUUUUGUUUUAUUUAUAAAUCUCUUUUGUUUGACGGAUUGCUUUUAGGCUUGUCAGAUUUUUGGAAGACCAUUAGCUAAUGAUUUUAAGUUAUUUUGUUUUACAUGGACUGAGAUGUUUGAAACAUGGGCUUUAAAUGUAUUUUAAACCAGCAAGUUUCUGUAAGUACUAGUGCAAAACAACUGUACUCACUUAGUAGGAUGUGUUUCUGUGAUCAGGAUUUAAAAGAGGAAGAAUUUCUCACGUCACAUUUGACAACCUCAGAAUGCAGCAAAGUUAUAUUGUGACAUGUAACUUUGAUUCUGGUCAGUAUUCUUUUGUACUCUGCUUAAGCACCAUAAAGAGUAAUAGAUGUUUAUCCUUGUCUCUAGGGAAAUAAAUACAUACAUGUAUGACUGAAA